CAUGGUGGACAUCAACCUGUGAUUUUCUUAUUGUCAAAAGAAAUCCAUCCCUGUAAUCCUCGUUGUUCUUCAAAAAUGUCUGGUCAGUGUUAUGCGUGUACAGCAGAGUUUGGAGUAUUUAAAAAAGAGCAUGCCUGCAAAAACUGUGGCUUUGGAUUUUGCAGCAAGUGUUUGUCAAACAAAAUUGAGAUACCGAAAUUGAACAAUGAGAAGCACAGUGUAUGCUCAAAAUGCUACAACAUUAUGACAGGGAAAACAAAGCCAAAGGUUGUCAAGCUGUCACCACCUGAAAAUUAUAAAAAGAGAGUUGCAGCUUAUGAGAGUCGGACACAGGGUGGGCCUGCAGCAUCCAGUGGCACAACAAGGUCAGGGAAAUCUGAACGUGACCAAAUAGAAGAAAAGUACAAGUAUUACAACAUGACUAAAGAAGACAUAGCUCUAGCGAAAAGGCUGGAGCGACUCAAGGAUGAUGAUAAGCAAAAGGUAUCCUCUCCAGACAAAACUGGUGAUAAAGGCAGUAAAGAAGUUCCGUCUAGGCAAGAAUUAGAAGAGAAGCUGGCUCGUUUGAAGGGCCAAGAUCCAACAAAAGUUACCAAGAAUCAAGGGGCACAGUUUUACCGUGCACCAGACAGAAGGACUCAGCAGGAAGAGAUGAGGGACUUGAUGGAUGAGAUGUUCGAUGAAGUUCAACUUGAUAGUAGACAUCCUAAACCAGAGGAUGAAAUAGCUGCCAGACUUGCUCGGCUUAAAGAUCAAGAGCCACCCAAGACAGAUUCCGAUGUGCCCAACAACCUGAACAAAAGCAGCACCCAUCUUGAUGAGCAGUAUGUGAUGAAUAUUCCCGCCGACAACGAAGGGAAUCCUCGCAAGAACCAGGAUGACGCGGACAAGAAGAUGCUGCUUGAGAUGAACCAGUUGAUUGCGCAGACGGCCCAAGAGCUGGAGAUCGAUGCCAAGAAGGCGCUGGAUGACCUCGCUAAAGAUAAGGAUUUGAUGGAGAGGUUGAAGACACUAAAAGAAGAGGGGAAAGAGAGAGGUAAAUCUAACAGUGACCUUGACCUGAAUGAAACUGGUGAAGAUAGCGAUGAAGAAGACGAGGAACACACCAUCAAGAGGCUCAUCAAACAGUGUCUGGAAGAAAGCAAAAUCGACGACAGCGUUGAAGCGUCAGGACACGGUGAAUUGCUCCACAAACCACACAAGAAAUCCAACGUACCACCAGAGGAGAGCCACAAGCCUGAUCCUGAUGAACUUCCCUGGUGUAGUUUAUGUAACUCGGACGCUGUGCUCAGGUGCUAUGACUGUGAUGGAGAUCUGUACUGUAUGACAUGUUUCAAGAAAGGGCAUGAUAAGUAUGAAAUAAAGGAACAUCGAACCACAAGGUAUAGACCGCCAAAAAAAGCCGACACGUAAUGGACUUGAGGGCACAUUUUGGUGUUGUGACUUUAGGUUGUGCUUUAUGAUGAAUUCGAAAUAUAUGUGCUUGUUUUAAUGGGUGUUUGGGGCAACUGCUGCUGGCAGACACUAUCUGGCAGAGGGUCGAAAAUUCCAAGUGUUGGUACAUUGGACCAGUAACAAGGCGAUUCCUUCUUGCAAAAGGUCCUUGUAAACUGGAAUAUUGGGCAAUCACUUUUGGCUGUCGAAGGCGGAAGACAUUUUUUUACCUACAUGUAAGAAGUUGUUGGUGUAGCUCAAGCAAAUUCUAUGCAAACUAGUGUCCAGUAUUGUGUACAUGCUGAAUUAGCAUCCUACAAAAGCGUGUCCUUCAAAUGAAGAUACAGGCAAAAAUAUUGAGAAUUCAUAACAAUUACAUGUAUUUGCUGGACUUUCCUUCUGAUAGACAUGUGCCAAAUAUCUCAUGUUAUCAAUCAUGAAAUGCUUAUUGUUAAUAUGCCAAGUAAGCUAAAUAGUAUUUAUGUUGUGUAUUUAUAUCACAAUUAGUUAUAAACUGCGGUACUUUAGUUAGAGCCAGGUAUUUUUAGCUGCUAUACACAUGAACUUGUGGUCAUUUUCUACCAGUCGGUAUGUAUGUAUUCAAUGUAGUAAGGACUAUGAAAGUUUUGAAGGCCUUGACAAAGAAUUUGUCUUGAGGGGCAAGUGUUAUCACAUUCUAUGAAUAAACAUCUCAUUUUCAAUUA